UCCCACCAAUACAGAACAAAUUCUCCGAUCGAAUCCUUCUGUCUUCUCCCAUCCUGAAAAUCUGCUGAGCUCCUUUAACAAUUCAUUCAUGGCGAAAAUCAAGGUUGAAGUUUGCCUGAUCUCUGCUCGUGGGCUCCGGCGUUCCUCGUCACUAUGGAAGCUCCAGUGGUUUGCUGUUGGAUGGAUUGACCCCAAAAACAAAUACUGUACCAAGAUCGAUGCCUCAGGAAAUGCAAACCCUACCUGGAAAACCAAGUUCUCUGUCCUCAUCGAUGACUCGGAACCAAACCUGGAAGGUCUUACCCUGCACGUUGAAGUCUAUAGCAGAGAACCCAUCUUCCUUAGAGAGAAGCUCCAGGGAACAGCUACCAUUCUUUUGAAAGAGUUCUUGGCCAAGUAUGUUAGAGGUUCAGGUGUUUCGAAGCAAGGAGGAGUGGAGGAAGUGGGCAGCUUCCAAUUACGGCAACAACAGAAGAGUUCCAGCAAGCCUCAAGGAUUUGUUGAUGUCUGCAUUCGGAUUUCUGAGGAUAGGGAAGGAGUGAAUCUGUACAUAGGUGAAGGUGAAGGUGAAGGUUAUGGCAAUGGUAAAGGAGAAGGAAUUAUGCUUGAAGAUCCCAAUAAUAUCAUUCCAACGUCCAUGGAAUACGGACCAACAAGGCCUUACCCAUCUCACCCUUAUCCAGGCCAAGUCGGCCAGUCCGGAAAUUACCCACAGAUGAACGUUCCAUACACCCAUCCCAUGCCCUUCCCUGCAAACUACCAAAACCAAUCAUCAUUGGGUGAACCAAGCUACCCAUCAGCAGUUGGGCCAAGUUAUCGUCCUCCUCGGACACCGCCGCCACCACCACCACCUUCCCACGUCGGUUACUUGCCCACUUUCCUCCCCAGAACAGAUCCUUUGCCGGAGAAUAAUUACUUGAAUUUGCCGUCUUCUGGGCCAUGCCCUUCCCGAACUGGAAGACCCAACUUUGCAAUGGGAGCCGGAGCUGGAGCAUUGGCAGCUGGUGCUGUCAUCUUUGGUGACGAUUUUAUGUCAGGGUUUGAUUUCCCAACAGGUUUACAAGAUGCUAGCCUCAUUGUAUCAGUUGAUCCUCCUUUCUAGUACUCUGCAUUAAUGACCUUUCUUUCUAAUAACAAUGUGAAGUUGUUCAAAUUUGAUGCAAAAUACCAUUACAUCUAGCUGUUCCAAU